AUGUCAGCCCUUCGCCUCCCGACCGCGGAGGGCGGCCUCGGGGCCAGCCCAUUCGACUUCUUGGCGUGCGAGACCAAUGAGCAGCAGUUGUGGGCGGAGGUGUACAUGCGGGAGUUCCCCGACCCCGAUGAGUUCGCCGCCAUGACGAUGGAGGAGCAGCGCGAGAUUGUGACGGAGCUGCGGGACGAGAUGGACACGCUGGAGGAGGAGAUGCGCGUGUUUCUGCGCCACGCCGAGUCCCUGCGCACGGCGCGGCCUGCGGCCGCCGUUGUCGGCUCCCCCACGAGCACGCGGAAGUCGCUUUCCACGUUCCUCCCCGCCGAGCACGCCCCACGGGAGCCGGAGGAGAGCUGCGUGAGCGAGUCGGCGGUUCUUGCGAGCGGCGAGGUCGGCGUCGAGGCGGGCACCUCCCCGACGUCGAGCACCCGCCGCGGUCAGGCGUAUAGCCGCAAGUCGGUGGACACCGGCGACGCGUACGUGACGCUGGAGGACCGGGUGGCGAUACUCAGCAAGGACAGGGAGAGGCUGCGGCAGCAGCGGGAGCGGGAUGAGCGCGAGGGGGAGCACCUCCGCGACCUCCUCACGGCGACGGUGAAGGAGGCGGUGGGGCGCACGAAGGAGCUCCGGCUGGAGCUGCUGCAGCUGAAGCGGGAGGUGCUCAACGAGGGCAGCAGCACCGCCUCCUCCGAUGACCUCUUGCGGUUUAUGGACAAGCGCCACGACACGCAGGCAAAGUACCUCGACAAGCUGAAUGCCCAGUGUGCGGCGGCGGAGCGAAACAUCAUGCAGACCCAGCAGCAGCUGCGCCAGCGCCACGCCGCGGGGGAGGCUUUUCACGCGAUUGACUUUGAGCAGCUUCGCAUAGAAAACCAGCAGUUUAACGAGCGCAUAGAACGGAAGAACUUGGAGCUAGUGGAGUUGAAGGGGACCUCCACCCGCACCGUGCAAACGCUCAACACACUCAUGGACACCCUCAACGGGCUCACCGCGGAACAAAACCGCCUGCGGAAGGACUUAAAAAGUCGCUGCGAGUAUUUGGCGCGGCUGCAGCGGGAGAUGGUCUCCGUCGUCCAUGAGGCGGAUGUCGCGGAGCGCAAAAACGCGGCCAUCAAGGCCCAGCAUGAGGCGGUGCGGGUGCCGAAGAUCGAGCACUACGUGGCACAAAAGGCCGAGGAGUACGAGCUGCAAAAGGCGCAGCGGAAUUGGAGGCGCAAGGUGGAGAUUGCCGACGGGCAACUAAGCCUCGUUCAGCAGCAAAUACGCACGCUGGCCAGGGCGACAAAAAGCCCACGGAAGUGGGCCAAAAACUUGGGGGGUCAAACGACAACCGUGUCAAGCUCCCUCAGAAAGGGUGCGGCACGAGACAGUAGAAGCGGAUCGACCUACAUGGAUGCAGAGGGAACGUACGAGGUAGAGGCCGAUCCCGACGCGAAACCCGUCGUUGGUGGCAGCAAAGCGCUUCUGAACAUGAAGCGGAAGAAGUGA